UAUAAGUGUUCAUUAUGUGACUUUUCCACACUUUUUCCGUCUGAAUUUAAAAAUCAUGUUUAUGGGAAUCAUAUUAGAUCUUAUAUUUACAAGUGCUAUUACUGUGAUUUUGAAAGCUUUGGUGCAGGUAACUAUAUUAGUCAUUAUGGAGACCAUGUGAACUUUGUAAAAGAAGAUUGUGUUUUCUCUUGCACCUUUCCAAGUUGUGAGGACAAAGUGAGUAGACUAGAGCAGCAUUUAAAACAUUUAGAAUCUCAUAAAAACUUGAAACCUCUUUGUUGUCAAUGUUCAAUGGAGUUUCCUUGUCUGAAGUCUUUGUCAGAACAUUAUAAAAAGAACUUGGUCUCAUUAUUUUCGUGUCAAUACUGUGAUGCCAAAGCAGUUGAUAAAAAAACUUACCUACAUCAUGUGUCCCAAAUACAUUCA